GCAUGGUGGAGCUUGCGCUUGCGUCGGGCUUGCUGCGAACGAUGGAUCGGCGGAGGAGCGUCAUCGUGUCCCGCCCACGCUCCCCUCCCAAACACUGAAACUUUUACCAACACGCCGCCAAACACGCCGCCAUGUCUGCCUCACCCCCACCUGAAGAGCGUGAGAAGGCCGACGCCGAGGUCCGCGCAAAGGAGCAGGCCGAGCAGGCCGCCCUGCCCUACAAAUGGGACCAGACCAUCAAGGACCUGGACAUCGCCAUCACCAUUGAUGGCAAGUACAAGGGCAAGGACCUGGACGUCAAGAUUACCCGCAACGCGCUCAAGGCCGGCAUCAAGGGCCAGGAGCCUUUCAUCGACGGCGAGCUGCCUCAUGCCAUACGCGUCGACGACUCCACCUGGACACUGACCUCCGUCGGAUCCCAGAAAGAGAUCUCCAUCCACCUCGACAAAGUGAACCAGAUGGAGUGGUGGGCCCACGUCGUUACCACAGCGCCCAAGAUCGACACCUCCAAGAUCCAGCCCGAGAACAGCAAACUGGGCGACCUCGACGGAGAGACACGGGGCAUGGUGGAGAAGAUGAUGUUUGACCAGAGGCAGAAGGAACAAGGAAAGCCCACGAGUGACGAGCAGAAGAAGGCGGAUAUCCUGGAGCAGUUCAAGAAGCAGCAUCCCGAGAUGGACUUUUCAAACGCGAAAAUGGGCUGAGUUCGGAUAACGAGCUCCUAAGAUGAAAAUUUAUACCCCCAAGAAAAGGCUGUCAACCAGAUAGGCCAAAAGAGAUAUUACACAAGC